UUGACUUUCCGUUCCCUUGUCUGACUCUCUAUCUCUCUCUCUCUUCUUCCUCCAUCCAUCGCUCGCUUCGCUUUCCCAUCCACCGCCACCGCCAUGGAUCCCUUCCACCAUCUCAACACCGCCUUCUCCAACCCCUACCACCCGCUCCUCUCCUCCUCGCCCUCGCCCCCGCACCACCACUUCCCUCCCCUCCCCCCUCCGCCGCCCCCUCCUCUCCCUCCCGCCGCCGCCGCCGACCCGCCCGAGCGGGAGCGCCUGCCGCAGUGGUCCCACGCCGAGACCUCCGCCUUCCUCGCCAUCCGCGCCGACCUCGACCACUCCUUCCUCUCCACCAAGCGCAACAAGGCCCUCUGGGAGGCCGUCUCCGCGCGCCUCCACGCGCAGGCCGGCGGCGGCUUCGCGCGCACGCCCGACCAGUGCAAGUCCAAGUGGAAGAACCUCGUCACCAGGUUCAAGGGCACGACCGGCGACGUUGCGCAUCCGUCAGAGGGCGAUCCUUCUGGCGUCGCCGCGGGGGCAAGGGGUUCGUUCCCAUUCCACAACGAGAUGCGGCGGAUCUUCGACGCGAGGGUUGAAAGGGCGCGCGCAUUGGACGCGAAGAAGGCCAAGGGGAAAGACCCAGCCGCACGGGGUGAUCCGGACGACGACGACGGUGGUGGUGGUGUCGGCGACGAGGACGAGGAAGACAUGGAGCUGUUGGAAGACGAGGAGGAAAUCGCAGAAACGAAGGGGGCCGUGGGGAGGAAGCGGAGAAGGAGUAAGCCGGCGCUGGCGAGGACGGCGUCUGCGGGAGGAUCAGGGAUCGAGAUAGGCGAGGUGGAGGCGGUGCUGCGGGAGUUCAUGCGGCGUCAGACGGAGAUGGAGGAGCGGUGGAUGGAGGCGGCCGAGGCGCGGGACGCCGAGCGGCGCGCGCGCGAGGAGGAGUGGCGCGCCGCCAUGGUCGCGCUCGGCGAGGAGCGGCUCGCGCUCGUGCGGCGGUGGCGGGAGCGGGAGGACGCGUGGAGGGCGCGCGCCGAGGAGCGCGAGGAGCGGCGGCACCAGCUCGUCGCCGCACUGCUCGCCAAGCUCGGCGGCGGCGGCGACACGUCCUAGCUAAUCCAUCAUUCCAAUGCAAUGACGCACUCGACCGGUACGGAUCAAAGCCACUCGCUGCUCCAUCGAUUCCUAGGCUAGGCUCCUAGCUAGCUCGCACCAUCACUAGGAAAUGUAAUGUGCUAGUGAACAAAUAAUCAUCUCAUUUUGACGGAGAGAUCGUAAUUCUUGGAUUCUUAAUUGCUCAGGACGAUUGAUUAAUUCAUCGCCGCAAAGUGAUUGACGGCCGGCCUGCCGGAUAAGCGGCUCCUUUAAUUAGAUCAUCAGUUUGUACUUUCUACACCGACAGAUCAAAUCCAUGGUCUUGCAUGUGUCUAGUACCUUUGUUAGGGUUUCUUUAGGUAGUGAGAGGUCAGGAAAGGAGGCCGGUGUGUACUGAACUACUGAUGUGGUAAAAAGGGUUUUGUACAUCUUUACUUA